AUGAUUUCAUUGGAUUCUCCGCUUGAAGCUCUAGCUUUUGAUUACUUGAGCUAUGGCUUAUUGACGGCGGUUAAGAGUAUAUGGCCGUGGGUUGCUGUUUUAACUGCCGCCGUUAGCUUCUGGAGGAUCAGAGCCUUAUCAUCUUCAAAUUUGGUUCCACGUGGCAGAAGCCCAGAUGGCGCUUCGACUUCUUCAUCGUCGCCGUUAACGAUGGACGACGGUGUGGUGGCGGAGGCGGAGGCACCUGAGGGUCUUGGUGACGGUGAGGCGGCUACAGUUUCUUCAACACAAUGUGAUACCGAGUAUUUAUCGGGUUCAAAUACGAAAUGCCGAGUUUUAGAGAGAGAAGGUAGUACGAAAGGGAAGUUUACGUUGUAUUAUUGUGAAAAGGAUGAAUUUAGGACGGGUGAAGGUGGUGUUAACGGUGACGAAAACGGUGCUAGAUUGGUGGCAUAUCAGAGAAUGGGACGUUGGUGCGAUGAUUGGGAGAGGAUGAUGAUGGUAAAAAUGGCGGAUAUGGGGUGGUACCAGUACCAAGACUUGACGGUUCUUAAUGGCAGCGUUGUUAGAUUAUGGGACAGUCAACGGCGGAGAAACGUCGCUGCAGUUGGUGGCGUUGGGUGGUAG